UAACAUAUCUUAUUCUGAGUUGAUGUUUAAGGUGAAGUAUUUGGUACAUGUUUCCGUUUCCAUGGUGAUCGAGAUUGUAAACAAACAAUACUUUAGUGCCGUACUUAACCGUAUUAACUAGUGUAAAUAAAUACUUAUGUAACAUUUUUGCUUUUAUUAAAAUACUUACAAAAUAAUAAUCAGUGCUCAGUGAUAGCUAGAAUAACAUGAAUCAUGGAAAAAGAAUUAGAUUUAAGCAUUAUAAAAGCUACUCAAUUGUCUCUUGGAAAAUACGUAAAACGUCCUCCACUAUCCGAUAAACUAUUAAAAAAACCACCCUUUCGUUUCUUACACGAUAUUGUGACUUCAGUAUUAAAAUCAACAGGAUUUUUUGAAGGUUUAUUUGAAGACCAUGAACUUAAAUCUGACAAUGUUAAAGACCGAGAAGCAAAAAUUACUUUUUUGAAUAAAGUUAUUUAUGUAAUCAGUAAAACUGUUGGUAAAGAAUUGAACGUAAAGCCUUCAAAGAUAGUUGCUGGACAAGAACCUGAAAAAACAAAUGAGCUAUUGCAAUGCUUGGCAGAAGCUUUAGAUAAAAAACUUACAUCAGAAGAUGCUGUCAGAAGUUCUCGAGAAGCCACUACAUCAAAAGAUACUGUCAGAAGUUCUCGAAAAGCCACUGAUGACAAAAAAAAUGUUUCUAAAGAGAAAGAAAUAUCUAAGUCAAAAACAAAAACCGAGAAAAAUGGGACCACAUCUAAUAAACGUAUUAAAAUAAAAGAAAAUAAUACAAAACAAAAACCAGAUUCAUCUAAAAACAUUUCACAACAAAUCUUAACCGAUGCUAAAGAUGUCAAGGGAAAGAAACAUAAAGUUUUGCAUGACAAUAAUAUCAAAGAGAAUAUUAAUGAAAUAGUUCCGCGCAACGAUAAUCAUUAUAAUAUUAGUCCUUUUAAAGAAACUCUGCCUUUAGCCGAAACUCUACAAAAUGAUAAUAUAGAUGCAAUUAGUGAUAAAAAUAGCAGCAAUGAGGGGCAAGAAAACGUUAAUAGUGAAUUCAUAGAAUUUCCAGAAUCUGAUAUUUCUAUCUACCCUAAGACCAAAAAAGAAAUUCAAUCGGGAGAAAAUGGCGUUAAUAGUAAUAAUUAUGAGCCUGUUAAUCCCGAAAAAAAUGAAGUUGAGAAAAUAUCAGAUCGUAGUUUUAAUGAAAAUUCAGGAGUCACAGAUUAUUCUGAUAUAAAAGGCAAAGGGGAACCAGAAAGUUAUAAAAAUAUGGAAAUUUCUAAUUCCAGUAUAGAAAAUUAUAUUACCAGUAAUAGACCUUCUAGUGUCAGACCUUCAUCGACCCGUCCAGGUGCACCUAAAGUGCGUGAUAAACAAGAUUACAGGAAUCUACCAGAUGCUGAAAACAUUGUUAUUGGAAAAGUUAAUAUUAUUUCAGAAAAUAUACUGCAGGAAGAGGACGAGGAAUCUACAUUGGUUAUUGAAAAUUAUACUGAUGAUAUAAAAUCUCAUCACACGCAUGACUAUGUCUUAGACCAACACGGACAUUUAGUUCAACAGAUUUUAGAUUCACAAAAAGAAUUUACUCAAGUUAAUAAAACUGAAAUUGACUGGACAAGUGGAUCACAGAAAACUAGAGAUGAUUUCAGUAGAGAGGUAGAACAAAUACGUUUUAAUGUUCAAGCUCUGUCUCGUGUCGCAAAUCCAUUGGGGAAAAUUCUUGACCAUAUACAAGAAGACGUUGAAGUCAUGCGCCAAGAAUUGUCUCAGUGGUUACUGAUUUUUAACGAAACGACAAAAAAGUUGUUAAUACAGAAAGCAUUGAAUGAGGAGAUAAUAGCGCCGCUACGCAUAAAGACAACACAGUUGGACAUGGACAUUUCAGAAAAAUAUAAAAAAAUUGACAAUAUGAAAAUAAUUGUUUAUAAAAAUAAUACAAAAAUUGACAAGUUGCUAGCGAAUGAGCAUAUUAAAUAA